ACCAAAUGCAAAAGGACGCACUCAAGGCAGAGCAAAUAGCGCGCUGCUCACAGGCUAUUUCGCUGUUCGGGCUGGAAAAAUGCCGCGCUACUGCUGCUGGUGACUCCAUGAACAAGGGCAUUUUGGGUGGCAAGAAGAAGCGCACGUCUAUAGCAAUGGAGUGGGUGACUGACACGCCAAUUAUGUUCCUGGAUGAGCCGACCUCGGGGCUCGAUGCAUAUUCGGCUCUAAUGGUUACGCGAAAGCUCAAGCACAUUACUGAAACAGGCCGAACUGUCAUUGCGGUGCUCCACCAGCCGUUGUCCGAGAUGUUCGAGCUGUUUGACGACAUUGUCAUUAUCUUUGAGGGCCGUAUUGUGUAUACGGGCGAGCGGUCAAACUUGAUCGACUAUUUGGCGCGCAUCGGCUAUCCCUGUGCUAUUUACAGCAACCCGGCUGACCACAUCAACUCUAUGCUUUUUGACAUAAAAGUGGCGCGCGCUAAUAUAAGCUAUGUUAUCAACAGGGAGAAAAUGGAGCAACACGCCCAGUUUAUGUCUGAAAUGUGGCAGCAGUCUAAGGAGGCAGCAGCCCUGCAGCGCAGAAUCAAUAGCCCCGAGCUGACGCCCAUCGGUGCAACGCAGUUCCGUCGGACGAGCCCACCAAAUGGUGCAGCUGCACUACUUGCUUAAACAAACGUGGUUAAACAAUUUGCGCAAAAAACUCGUUCUCAAACUGCGAAUUGCACAAAGCAUAUAUUUUGGGCUGCUCAUUGGAUUAGUCUACCUGAACUCGCAGGAUCGGAUAUUGGAGUGGCGGCUGCAUAACUUUAGUGGCGGCAUGUUCUUCAACUGUGUGGCGCAGUUUCUG